CAGUGGCAGGAAAUAAUUAAGAGUUAACUUCAAAAAAAAGAGCACAACAACUACAACCACAGUGACAGGAUAAAGGAAACAGCUGAAACAUAAGACCAUCAUAAAAUAAUUGGACAAUAACUGAUUACUGCGUUAGUGAAAAAACAAAACGGAUUUCUAUAAAAUUUGUUAGCUUUUUCGCAGCUGGAAAAGAAACCAAUUGUUUGGCCAUGAAAAUGAGUUGGGGAAAUGAUAAGAGAAGGGUCAUUUUAACCCAAGUCUUAAGCACAACGUUUGUCACCAUGCUGAUGGUAAUGCUAAUGGAAGUCAGCUUCUUUACAUUAAUGACAGGGCAGGUAACAGCCUUAAAAAUAAACAAGGAUUAUACAAAACGUCUUGUAAUGGCUCCAGCCGAAGCCAAUGAAACUUUUGAGAAUGGUGAAGGCUUUGACCAUAAUGCUGCUUUUGAGAACGAUGCUGCCACUUCAGUAGAAGAAGCUGUUCUUGACAAUGAGCAGGCUGCUGAUAAUGAUCAAGCUUUUGACAAUGAUUCUACCCCUCCUCAAGAUGAGGCUGCCCUUGACAAUGAUUCAACUUUCGACAAUGAAAUUGCCACUCCACAAGAUGAAGCUGGCUUUGACAAUGUUGCAACCUUCGACAAUGAUUCUAACCCACCACAAGAUGACGUUGAAGCUCCCAUAGUAAAAACUGAAGUUUUAAUUUUUGUGUCUCCCAUUAAAAUGGAUGCUGAAUUCGGUGAUGUUAGAAGAGAUAGACGUGCAAGCAAAUCAACAUCACCAACAAAGUCUCAAUCGAGUUCUGAGUCUGCUUCUGGAUCAGAGUCAGAUUCAGGAUCUGUUUCCAGUUCUAGUUCUAGCUCAGCAUCUGCAACUGACUCUGGAUCAGAGAGCGAGUAUGAGUUAGAAAUAGAAUCUGAAACUGCAUCUGAAGCGUCUCUAAUUGAGGAGUCAAAUAGGGAUUGACGUCUUCGCGAAAUAUUUGUAGAACUUUUGAA